CAAUUUAUGACAGUUAUGGAGAAAUCGUUUGAAAUAUUUUGGUUGUUAUUGAUUUCAACUAUAAUUACAAUCACUGACUGUAAAGAACAUAAUUAUACAAAUGAUAGAAGUCUAGCCAUUCCAACUAUUAAGAAGAUAUCUCAUCAAAAGCAGAUACAUAUUGCAAUCGGAGAUAAUUUGUCACAAAUGGUAAUUAUAUGGAGUGAGAGACGACAGACCAAUAAGACAGCCGUCACUUACGGUGUCUAUAAAGGAGAGUACUCUCACAUUGAGACCGGAUAUUCAUUACUCCUGAAGAAUGACAAUAAGUUACAAUAUAUUCAUUACGUGACGCUUAAGAAACUCAAGUCUAAUACCAAAUACAAGUACAGAGUUGGAUCACCUCAGGACUGGAGUGAAGAGCAUAUAUUCAAGACAAUGAGGACAGACAAUCAAUGGGUACCGAGAGUUGUCAUAUUUGGUGAUAUGGGUUGGAUUAAGGGAUAUUCAAUACCAUCUUUAAUUGAAAUGACAGAAAAAGAUGCUUUUGAUGCAGUCAUACAUAUAGGAGAUAUCGCUUAUGAGUUGUAUACAUUUAAAGGGACACUUGGAGAUGGAUUUAUGAGAGCCAUUGAACCGAUAGCCUCUAAGAUACCAUAUUUGGUGAUUCCAGGAAAUCAUGAGUAUUGGUCCGCUAGAGAUCAUGAUUAUGGAUAUAAUUAUAAACGAAGGUUCAAAAUGCCACAAAACAAUGACAACGAAUUUUAUACAUUUACUUUAGGAAAGGCAUUGUUUGUCGCCUUUUCCACUGAAUUUUACUUUCGUAUUGAGAACGGAAGCAAUGAGAAAGUCCGGCUACAGAAGCGUUGGUUGGAACAGAUUCUCACUGAAGCUAAUCGACCACAAAAUAGAGCUAAACAUCCAUGGAUUAUAGGUUUGGGACACCGAUCACUGUAUUGCUCCACAACUGAUGCUGACUGUGUCGAUGGCAUGACUAUUGAUACGGGCGAUACUGACACCAAAAUACUUGAAUUGGAGGAAAUACUGCAUCGACAGGGAGUGGACGUUACCUUUUGGGGUCACUAUCACUAUUACGACAGAUUAUAUCCCGUUUAUAAACGCAUUAUGGAUCAAUCAAAUACUCCAUACGUUAAUCCCUUUACUACAGUCCAUAUAAUAAGUGGUGCCGCUGGUAUGGAUGGCGAUCCCGAACCCGAAAAGUUUGUUGACCCACCCCCUCCCUGGUCUGCCUUUAGAACUAUCAAAUACGGCUACUCUGUAAUGAAUAUAGUCAAUGAUACUCAUGUUUUUAUAAAACAAAUCCAAAUAAAUCAUCCUGAAAAGCCUAUAGACUCGAUAUGGAUAGUCCAACACAAUCAUACUACUAGAGCACCCAUUGGAUAA